UUGAACAGUGGCGAAAUCAUCAUCGGAGUAGAAGGAGAGGCCUAUCCACCGGAUCCAGAAGUUCCAGCUAAGCUAAAAGUCGAGUUCCCUACAAGUAACUCUACCUAUAAUACCGGGAAAUACUGGGUCUUGGAUACCGAUUACAACACAUAUUCAGUUGUAUAUGCAUGUACCAGCAUUGCUGGGGUUUUUCGUAGUGAGUCUUGCUGGAUUUUAGCCCGACAGAGGACUCUUCCUCAAGAAACCACCAAUAAGCUAUUUAACUUCCUUGAUACCAAUGGCAUUAAUUCAAAUAAACUUAUCAUGACCAACCAAACGAACUGUGACUGAGUUUAGCUUUUCAAGUAUUUUUUCCUUUUUUUGUAUUAAACGUAAAAAAAACUAUAUGUGAUUGUUACCAACUGGCUAUUUUGAUGAGCGGAGUAAAUAAUGUUUCUUAAAGCUAUAAUGUGGUAAAAAUAAUCUUUACUUUAUGGUGUAUAUUCCAAACAUUACAACAAU